AUGAAGCCUUAUUCAUUGUCCUUACUAGCUUCAUUGCUCCUGUCGGCUUUUGUGUCCGCAGACAUUGAAUACUUUCAAAAACCCGCCCAAAACACCGUGUAUGCCAUUGGCAGUACCGCCACGUUUGCCGUCGAUGAUAUGCCCAAUGAUGAGGAUCAUACUGUUACGGCCAGUCUUUACACAGAAGAUGGAAGUUUUGUCAAAACCAUUCAAACCUGGAAGGGUAGCAUGAUUGGCGACGACAAUGAUCACUUUAAAUUCAAUUGGCAGGUGGAAAGUGUACCUGAAGGACGAUACUAUGUCGAGAUUCUUGACUUGGAUGAAGACGACAAGGAAGACGCGGCUCACAGCUACGUGUUUACUGUACGAGGAUCGCAGCCUGCCGCUGCUGCUGCUGCGGCACCAGCCACCGUCCAACCGGUCAGCAGUACCGUUCCCAUGGCUUCUGAUUCUCCUACUCCUGACGACGGUAUGCUGCAAAUGCCAAUGGAAGGACAAGCGCCCAACGACGUGAUCUACCCCGGAGACGUCCAUGCACAAGAGAUGCCGGCUUCUCCCAAGAUCCAAGAUCCCAAGCCUAAGCCUCAGCCUCAAGAAGACGAUUCUUUGGAAAUAGAUGAAGCGCAGCCACAAAGCGACAUGCCCCCUUCACCCGAUCAUGCCAAUUCUAUGAAAGACGCCAAAAUUCUCAAUAUGCCUGCCAACACCUUGAUUUCAGCGCAACUGGCUGAAAUCGAUCCAUCCGAUACAACCACCACGGCUGAUCCUUCGUCGCCUGUCGACGAAACCCAAGUGACCGAAGCUCAAUUCCUAGAAACCGAUGCAACCAAUACAACCACCACGGCUGAUUCUCCGUCUGCAGCUGAUGAUGCCAAUACAAACGAGGUUAAGGGCGAAGCUGCACCGGCUACGGAAGCAGAGUCAUCAGAUGCUGCAUCAUCACCGGCUCCUGCCGAGGGCGAGAAAGACGUGGGCGCCGAAAUCGUUGAAGCUCAAGAAGCCACGCCUGGUAACCUCCUAUCGAAACUUACAGAGCGUGACGACCCCAGCGAUCUUCUAGCCAAUCUUUUGAAAACGGCCAGUGCUCCCAAUGCGACCAUUUUCCCCAUGUUUAAUCCUGCUUUGGGUCCCCCAGGCAGUGUCAAGAAAGAAGAAGGCGGUGACGACGACGACGAUGACAAGAAAAAGAAAAAGAAGGGCGGGGAUGAUGAUGAUGACGACGACGACAAGAAGAAGAAGAAGAAAGGCGGCGAUGACGAUGAUGACGAUGACAAGAAGAAAAAAGGUGGAGAUGACGACGACGACGAUAAAGCCAAAGCCAAAGGAGGUGGAGAUGACGACGAUGAUAAACCAAAGAAGAAGACCGGUGGCGGUGGUGGUAAAAAGAAGAAGCAUGGUCGAGGUCGCGGAAGAAGAAGAGGCAAAGGCCGAGGCAAAGCGCGUGGCCGAGGACGUCGUCACGGACGACGCACAGUAAAAGCUCAAGCGGUUGAAACUGGCCCCGAUACCCCUUCUCAUGCUCAACAACAGCAUCGUGGACAGCCUGGCCAACAGAUGAUUCCUGGUGAUGAGUUUGCUAUGCCGAGCCAGCCUGCGGCCUACACCGGAUACGCCGACUUUGAUGUCCCCGUCAUGUAUGACACCACUUCCACAGAGAAUUCUAUUAACAGUUCCGAUGAUCAAAUAACGGGUGAAGUUCAAGGCGCUUGGCAUUCUACCACGAACACUCAAGCACCGCUGACACAGGCCAAUCCGGAACAACAGCAAGCACAGCCACAAAGCGAAGCAUUACAGCCACCACAGCCGGCCGAAUUGCAUUCAGCAGCGACAGAUAAGAAGAAGAAAUCCAAGCAUAAGCAUAAAUCACACAAGGCCGCCAAGAAACUCGCUGAGACGAGCGAACAAACCAAGCAGAAACGAAGUCUGCUGUAA